AUCUGCUGUAUGCAUAGUUGGACGUAACAUCUGACUGCAGCAGGACAGCCACGCGGGAGGCCCUCCAGGAUGGUGAGUACAUGGAAGAGCUCUUGAGAGUACUGGGGUGGCAAUGGGGAGAGGGACGCACUUUGUACCUAUGAGAACCUCCAAUCAUCUGCUGGGGAAGAUAGCGUGUACCAAAAAAGCCUCAUCCUUGUCUCUGAAAUCCAAGAAAAGAAUUGAUGCUGAUGGAGACAAGAAAUAACAACAACAACAACAAAAUAUUUGGGGAGCUGGGAGAAAUCAAUGCUGGAAACAGCAGUCGCCUGUGUGUGCUGUGCAGGUUGUGGUGCAGAGUUGUGCUCCUGCCUGUGGAGCAGCACUAAGUAGUGCUUGUAUUUAUUGUUCUUCAAACUGGCAGCUGGUAAAGCCCUGAAAGCUUAGAGGGAGCCAUCGUUAAUUACUGACCUGCUACAGUGUUAUUCUUAAGAGUUCUGCCUGUCUGCCCUGUUUUCUUUUGAGAAAAUUAAACUCCAAGUGGUGCCCUCCCCUCCCUCCCCCCAUGUAUUUAAUACAGUUCUCACAAGUUCCUCGCAGCAGCUGGGAACACAGCCCAGCCAAAACCAUCAAGAAAAGGGCUUCAUCUAAACCAAAUGGCAGAUGACUUUAUUAUGGCACAAACGAGAUCUGUUCACUCUCAUAUUUAGAGAGAAAAGCUGCUUUUUUUUGAAGCCAUUUUGUGGUUGUUGCUGAAAAAGAGAACUGAAACAAGUUGUUUCUCAAAGCUCAGUCCUUUUGAAGCCAUCACACCUGCAGACUCGCUGGGCUUCCCCUGCCCUGGGUUGAGGGGCUGCUGCCCUUGUUUUGCUGUUAUCUUUCUGCUCCUCCUUUAAAAUCCCUUUGCCUCAGUUUACUACCGAACUCCUUGGUCUCUUCUGCCUUAAUAUCCUCUCAUUUUCUUCCCACUAAGUCUCCUGGCUCAGCUUUCAAUCCAGACUUGUGUUGUUGUCACAGCUCUCUCCAUUUGGACUACUAGCUCUUUGGGGUAGGGCAGCAUGUCUUCCUACUGGGCUUAAAACAUGAAAUGGGAUUUCAAGGUCAUGAGGACCUGACAGGCACCACGUGACCCUCUCUGCGUUCCCCAAGUCAGUGUUUCACGCCCACCCCUCCUGUCUCUCAGGACAUCCUCCAACUCUUUAUUCACUCCCUCCCAUUCAUCUGAGUUGGCCCCACAAGAAGACUUUGGGGCUAUGUCUGCUCUGUGUCCAAGGUCAUAGAAUGGCCUGGGUUGGAAAGGGACCUCAAGGAUCAUCAAGCACCAACCCCCUGCUGCAGGCAGGGCUGCCAACCUCCAUAUAUAAUAGGAGGCCAGAUAGAUGGGACAAGCCUGGCAAGACUAGCUACAACUAGCUCAAGUAUGACCACCCACACAGCUAUGGGUAUCUCGUGUCAUCACAGCAUGUUCAUCUUCAGGCUACAAAUGCCCAGUGGCUAAGGGACAGGAAGCUGUAGUCUGGGGACCUGACAGGUGGUGGUAUCAUCUGGCAUCACUUCCUCAGAUCUGCCAUAUCCCAGGAUGUGCUUCUUGCUUCUCAGCAUGACAAAUGGCAGCUGACUGACUCCAGCGGAUUGUGAAAAGAGCAUUGAAAGCAUCCCCGAUGGUUAAUGAGUCCUCCAACGUGAAAUUAAGCGUGAACAAUCAAAAAGAUGUCAAAAUGUUUCAAAUCUCUGGGGUAAUUCUGAUGCUUGGUUUUGUUGCCCUGAUGGCUGUUUACUUCAUGAGAGCAGACAGCACCAUUGAUCGUAAGGGAGAAGAAACAGUUGUCAGCAUUUACCAGGAGAUGGAGGAGGAAGAACUCUACGGAGAUCUCCAGAGAGCCACAGUAACUGAAGAGGACACAAAUAGAUCCAAUGAUUCCUGCAGCUUUGAACUUGUGGAAAGUGUUCCUUACGACUUAGCUUUUGAGAUAAAUAGCACUGCAGCCAAACCCUUGUACCGCGCCUGGAUGAACCUCCUUGAUAUAGCCCAGGAAGAAAUUCAUGUGGCUUCUUACUACUGGUCCCUUACUGGGAAAGACAUCAGCGUCAACGACUCGUCUUCAAAGCAGGGUGAAGAAAUUCUGAAGAGAUUUGAGAGAUUACUUGCAGAGAAUGUCUCUGUGUACAUUGCAGCAAGCGUGCCAACUUUGGCUAUGAAUUCAACUGACCUUGAGUUUUUAGAGAGAAAAGGAGCUCAUAUAAAAAAAAUUGACUUUGGACGUUUGACAGGAGGAGUGUUGCACAGCAAAUUCUGGAUCAUAGACAUGAAGCACAUAUAUAUUGGUAGUGCAAAUAUGGACUGGAGAUCUUUAUCUCAGGUGAAAGAGUUUGGUGCUGUGAUAUACAACUGCAGCUGCUUAGCUAAAGACCUCUGGAAGACAUUUAGAACUUACUGGGAUCUUGGACAUGCUAGUGCUACCAUCCCAUCCCCUUGGCCUCAAAACUAUUCUACCUACAUUAACAACUCUCGGCCUCUGGAAAUAGAAUUUAAUGGAACCUUGACAAAAGUCUAUUUUUCUGCUUCUCCUCCUGCAUUUUGUCCAGAAGGCCGUACCCACGACCUCUUUGCUAUUAUCAGUGUUAUCAGCGCGGCACAUAAAUUUGUCUACAUUUCUGUUAUGGAUUAUUUUCCUACCAGCCGUUUUGUUCACCCAGAAAGAUACUGGCCAGUCAUUGACAAUGCUCUGAGACGUGUGGCUUUCAACUACAGAGUGCAAAUCCGGCUUCUGGUCAGCUGCUGGACCCACACCGACCCAUCCAUGCUCCACUACCUGAGGUCCCUGAGUGCUCUCAACAACCCUCACACCCACAUCAGUGUCACCGUGAAACUCUUCAUUGUUCCAGUUUUGAAUCACACAAAUAUUCCUCAUGGGAGAGUGAAUCACAACAAAUAUAUGGUCACAGAUAAAGCAGCCUAUAUUGGGACUUCCAAUUGGUCAGAAGAUUACUUCACUAACACAGCUGGCGUGGGACUGAUUAUCAAGCAGAGUCCAACCAACCUGCAGAGAAGGCAGCAGCCUGUCCAGGAACAAUUAAAAAGUAUUUUUGAGCGAGACUGGAAUUCCAAAUAUUCCGUGAAUGUGGAGGAUGUGCAAGGUCAGAAAGACUGCAACUGGAGAGACAGACUCUGAAGUGAACGGGAGAAUACAUUUAAAAGGGAAAGAAAUACGUCUCUGGAUGUUAUUCCCUGUGCAAAAAAAAAGAGAGCAGCUUUCUGUUCCAUGUCUUUUAUCAGAGCAACCUCUUCCUCGUGGUGUCCUCACUGCCUGACAGUGUGGGGAAUUCUCGUAGUUGAGUCUCCCUGCCUACUCAGCAGCCAGCGUGUGACGUUUCCUUUGCUGUGUACCAUUAGCCCAUCUCAGAGUUAACGAAAUGCAGGCGGUGUUGUAGCACAGUCUGUCUGAUAUUAAAGAGGACACGGAAGAUAUGAUCAGGUCUGAAUACACUGGAGAAGCACGUCACUACUGCUGUACUGUGCUUAUCUUGGGAUGCUAUAUAUUCAACCAUAGUGUUCCAAUAGCAGCGUUUGCUUGUGUGUGUUUAAGCAUUUUUCAAAUAAAGUCCUGGAUGCCAUAAGAUUUGAGCAAUGCAAGUACUCACUUGCAACAGCAAGGUCAGAUUUUUAAAAGCAUCAAGGCACUUGUGGCACAAAGAAUGUAUGUGUUUAUUAAUGUUAAACCUAAUCGGGCUGGACGGGGCUCUGAGCACCUGGUGGAGCUGUAGGUGUCCCUGUUCAUUGCAGGGGGGUUGGAUUAGGUGGCCCUUAACUCAAAUGAUUCUACGACUCUAAGUCACUGCUUUUCACCAGUUGUACUUCACAGGCUUAUUCUCCUGCACCAACAAAUAGAUUUGGUCACAAACUGUAGGCACAAGUGCACGCAGGAACAACAGCUGCUCAGAUUUGACCUGCUACAAGGAGCACGUGUGAGCAGUCGGUGAUUUUGAAAAUCUUUCUGAGACUUCACGUGUUUCAGUACGACGAUUUUCGAUAGAGGAGUGCACUCCUCUAGAUGGCAGUCGAAGCACGUUUUCACUGCUUCUGGGAGGGUACGUUUUGCAGGAACGGGAAAACUUUCUCCUUCCCUUAUGAGCUCAAAUCUGACAGUGCUGGGUUAAGUUGUGUCGUGAGACAGUUUCUGGGUAAGAUAUGAGAAUGGAAUGUUGGGAUAAGGUGCAAUUUACAAAGGAAAAAUGGAUGCUUACUAGAGUGAUUUGUCUUUACUGCCAUCGCCUGUCUUGUUUUUUUUUUUCUCCACAGAUGAAGGAGAGGUUUGCAAUUAAGACAAUUAACUGAAUCUCAGUGAAACUUGAGUUUGGUUUCUUGGUAUCUUCUCUUUGCUUGAUCACUAUUAAAGAGGUAGAACGUGAUGAAAAUUAUAA